GGCCUGGGGUCCGGAAGCCCAGCGACUCCUUGGCGCCUGCCGGUUUGGGGGCGCGGGACCCCGUCGGGCGAUGGGUCCCGUGGGCGCUGGGUGGCGCGCCACGUGGGUGCUGGCCGGGGGCGUCCUGGUCGCGGCCCUGGCUCUGGGGGCCGGAGGCUGGCUCCCCGCGGGCCCCGGCCCGCUCCAUCACCCCUUCGGCGAGCAGGCUCCCCGCGCGUUGCCCGCGGGGCCCCAGGUCGGGUACUGCCCAGGGACCCCCUCGGCACCCAGCAGGGCAGGGCUCGAGCGCAGAGCACAGGGCCUGUUCUGUAGGACGUGGCUGCACGUGGAGCGCUCUCAUCUGAAGAUGGCAGAAGUCCCACUUGGAAUGAAACCCAACAGGAACACUGAUGUCCCCAGCCCAGUCCCGACCUCGGCAGCCUCCCCAGGGCUGUGGACUCAUUCCUUAUUUGCCUUCGCACCUUCCUGGCCCAAGAGGAACCUCUUUAAAAGAGAGUCUGCUGCAACGCCCCACCUGUAUGGAGAUAUUUCAAGACAAGUUCAAGGGACUUCAGAGAAUGGAGUAAUUUUUCAGAAAUGUGCACUGGUGUCGGGGCAGAGCGAACCACAGACGGUGCUCAUUCACCUGUUCGUGAACAAUACCAAGACGCCCUCGUCAGCCAACCUCUCAGAACUGCUCGUGCUGGAUGACAUCACAGGCCUCACCCUCAGGGAGUCGGUCGGGAACAUGACCCAGGAUGGAUUCCAGGCUUUCAGAAAGAAGUUUCUGCAAGUUGGAGACUCCUACUGGGUGACCUACACGGCCUGGCUGGACUCGGAAGCUGUGGGGACCGGAGAGAGGCUGACCCUUCCUGCCCAGCUCACCUUUCAGAGCUCCUCACCGAACAGGACACAGCUGAAAGCCCUUCUUACCAUAACAGCAGAAGAGAAGGUAACGGUUCUACCCAACCAUGGUCUCCAUGCCGCGGCCUUCUUCACUGCCUUCCUGGUCUCCCUGGCACUGAGCUGGACGGUACUCUUCUUCUUUGCACGAUACCAGUGUCUGCAGGGAGGCGUGCUGGCCAGACGCCGGGUUCAGCGAGCCGAGAGCAAGUUGGAGCCCUCGCCUUUCACCUCGGCGGGCGGAGUGAACGAGGACCUUUCCCUCAACGACCAGAUGGUGGACAUCCUGACUUCCGAGGACCCCGGGAGCAUGCUGCAGGCCUUAGAGGAGCUGGAGAUCGCCACCCUGAACCAGGCGGAUGCAGAUCUGGAGGCCUGUCGCACCCAAAUCAGCAAGGACAUCAUUGCCCUUCUGCUGAGGAGCCUGACCAGUGGCGGCCACCUUUCCCCCCAGGCGGAGAGAAGGAUGGCUCUUGUUUUCAGAAAGCAGUUUCUACUCCUGGAAAAGGAAGUACAAGAGGAGUAUGACCGGAAGAUGCUGGCCUUGACAGCUGAGUGUGACCUGGAAACUAAAAAGAAGACAGAAAACCAGUAUCAGCGGGAGAUGUUGGCGACGGAGGAAGUAGAGGAGUUGCUGAAGCGUGUGAGCGAGCGGUCUGCUGCCGAGUGCCGGGGCCUGCUGCGGACCCUCCACGGCCUGGAGCAGGAGCACCUGAGGAGCGCCCUGGCUUUGCACCAGGAGGAAGACCUCGCACAGGCUCACAGGCAGCUGGCCAUUUUCCAGAGAAACGAGUUGCACAGUAUCUUUUUUGCCCAGAUAAAAAGUGCUAUUUUGAAAGGGGACCUGAAGCCAGAGGCCGCUAAAAUGCUGCUGCAAGAUUAUUCUAAACUGCAGGAGAAUGUAGAAGAGCUGAUGGAUUUCUUCCAAGCUACUAAGAGGUAUCAUCUAAGUAAAAGGUUUGGCCACAGGGAGUACCUGGUCCAGAACCUGCAGUGCACGGAGACCCGGGUGCAAGGCCUUCUGAGCACUGCAGCUGCGCAGCUGACCCAGCUCAUCCAGAAACACCGCAGGGCGGGGUACCUGGACGAAGACCAGAUGGAAGUGCUCCUGGAGCGGGCUCAGACGGAAGUCUUUUCUAUAAAACAGAAGUUGGAAAACGACUUAAAGCAGGAAAAGAAAAAGCUCCACCAGAAGUUGGUCACCAAGAGAAGACGAGAGUUGCUUCAGAAGCACAAGGAGCAGCGGAGACAGCAGCUGUCCACUGGCGAAGCCCUCCGGGCUGCUGAAGACGCCGGCCAGUACCUGGGCCAGUGGAGGAGCAUGGUGGCCGAGCACAGUGCCGCCCUGGAGGAGCUGCAGGAGGGCCUGGACCAGGCCGCCCUGGACGACCUGCGGGCCCUGACCCUGGCGCUGUCGGAGAAGGCCACCGAGGCCCUGCGGCGCCUGCAGAGCUCGGGGAUGACGCAGGAGCUGCUCAAGCGCAGCGUGCCCUGGCUCUUCCUGCAGCAGAUCCUGGAGGAGCACGGCCAGGAGUCGGCCGCCCGCGCUGCGCAGCUGGAGGCCGAGGAGAGGGAGCGGGGCCAGGAGGGCGUCCGGAGCGUGAGGCAGAGGCUGCAGGAGGACGCCCUGGAGGCCUCGGUGGAGGAGCAGGCGGAGCUGAGGUGCUGGGAGCGCCUGAUCUUCCUGCGGCUCUGCUGCUGGACCUUCUCACUGUCUGAAGAGGAGCUGCUCAGGAUGAGGCAGGAGGUCCACGGCUGCUUCGCCCAGAUGGACAGGAGCUUGGCCCUCCCCAAAAUCCGGGCCCGCGUCCUGCUGCAGAGAUUCCAGACCUCCUGGCGGGAAGCAGAGGUCCUGAAGCUGGACCAGGCCCUGGCUGCACCCGAGCUGCAGUCCAAGACAAGGAAGCCGCGGUCCAAGAGUAAAAGCAAGGUAGACCUUUUGAAGAAGUGCAUCGAAGACAAGAUUCGCCUCUUUGAGGAACAGGCCCCUGAGGACCUGGUUGAAAAGGUGCGAGGGGAGCUGCUGCGGGAGAGGGUGCAGCGGCUGGAGGCCCAGGAGGGACGCUUCGCGGAGUCGCUGGUUGCUGUGCAGUUCCAGAAGGUGGCCCGGGCCACCGAGACCCUGUCGGCCUUCACUGCCCUGCUCAGCAUCCAGGGUCUGCUGCUGGAGGAGCUGAGGGAGUCGGAGACACUGAGCCAGGCGGCUUGCGGCCAGAUCCUGCAGUCCCACAGCCCGGAGCUCCAGGAGCUGGAGAGGAGGCUGGAGGACCAACUGGCCCAGCAGGAGGCAGCCCAGCAGCAGCAGGCCCUGGCCAGCUGGCAGCACUGGGUGGCUGGGGGGCCUGGGCUCCUGAGCGAGCCUGGGGAGGAGGACUCUGAAAGGCCCGUCUCCGCCGUCCUGCAGCAGGCCCUGGGCAAGGGCCAGAAGUUACUGGAUCUCCACCAGCAGAGUUGGAGACAAGAGCAGCAGGACAGCGCUGUGCUGGAGGAUCUGCUGGAGAACAUGGAGACGGACACCUUCAUGACCCUGUGUGGCCAGGAGCUGAGGCUGGCGUCGUACCUCUGCAAGAUGGCGAUGGUGCCCGGGGCCACGCUGUGCCGCCUCCUGAGUGUGCUGCUGCCCGCGGGCUCCCAGCCCCAGCUGCUGGCCCUGCUGGAUUCGGUCAGUGAGAAGCACUCGGACCGCGCGGCAGACCACGAGGGCAGGGAGCAGGCCGACCCUGGCAGGAGGAGGAAACACCAGGCCUGGUGGCAAGCCCUGGAGAGGGAGCUGCGAGGCGAUCUGACGGCCAGGGGCCUGGAGAAGGUGCGCUGGGCCCGACAGAGGAAGGCGAGCAUAUUAAAGAAGACGCAUGUCCCCAUCAGGGAGAGGAUGGCGCUCUGCGGAGAAGGCUGGCCGCACCUGUCCCUGGAGCCCGUUGGCGAACCGGCCCCUGUCCCCAUCCUAGGUGCGGAAGCCCUCGACGUGUUAAACACAGGCCUAAAAGCAACAGGGCCAGCUGAUCAGGGACUGGACCUCCACUAG